GGAGCAUACCAGAAGAAGCUCAUUGUAUUGUAUACGUGUGACAGAAACGUAUAGUUGCAAAGUAGUAAAAUGGGAGACAUGGCAGAGUGCAGCUGGUAUUCACUGGUGUUAUGCAGCAUCGGUUCCGUUACGGUUGUGUAUUACCUGCUGAGGUGGUCGUGGCGGUGUUGGCAUGGUUUCAAAGUGUACGUGCUUUCUGAGAUCUGGCAAACGAACCUGAGGACAUAUGGCCAAUGGGCUGUUGUAACUGGAGCAACAUCAGGGAUUGGUCGUGCAUAUGCUGAAGAGCUUGCCAGAAGAGGAUUAGACAUUGUUCUGAUCAGCCGUUCAGAGGACAAGCUUUGCAGUGUGGCCAAGGAAAUAGAGUCUCGGUACAAGCGGCAGACACGUGUGAUUCAGACAGACUUCACAGAGGGCCAUUCCAUCUACUCUGCUAUCGCACAACAGCUAGAGGGCCUGCAGAUUGGAAUUCUGGUGAACAAUGUUGGUAUGAACUAUAUAGGGGUUCUGGCAAAUUUUCUGGAUGUUCCUGAUGCAGACCAGAGAAUCACACAGGUGAUAAACUGUAACACACUGUCCGUCACUCAGAUGAGCAGACUCGUUUUACCAGGCAUGCUCGAGAGGGGGAAAGGCCUCAUUAUAAACAUAUCAUCAGAAGCUGCAUCUCAGCCACAGCCAAUGCUGUCAGUGUAUUCUGCCACUAAGAUAUUUGUAACAUAUUUCUCUCGCUGUCUGCAUGCAGAAUACAGAUCAAAAGGAAUCACGGUUCAAUGUGUAGUCCCGUUUAUAGUCUCCACUAAUAUGACUCACAAUGUGCCUGUGAAUCCACUGGUGAAAAGUGCUGCUUCAUUUGCAAGAGAUGCUCUGAACACUGUGGGUUACACAACAUACACAAGUGGAUGUUUAACUCAUGCACUGCAGCACAUUGCUCUGUCCAUCUUUUUCCCUGGCUGGCUGCGUCUCACGUCCUUUUGUGUGCAACGCAUGGCAAAAUUCGCUCGUAGCAUUGAACCACAAUUAAGGGAGAGGUUGGCAGAGACGAAAAACAAACAGGACUAACACAAAUCCAUGGACAGCAGAGAUAAACAUAAAAAAACUGAUAACAAAACAUGCAUACACAUACACAUACAGAAAUAUGUAUUAUGGCAUUAACAAUAAUAUCUAUAUAAGCAAACUCUUUUUAUUGCAGU